CGGGCGGCGGGCGCGGGUGGGCAUCGCCCGGGGAGUCGCUCCGGCGGCGGCCGCGGGUCCCGCCAUGGCGGCGGACUCGGAGGUGCUGCACUUCCAGUUCGAGCAGCAGGGCGAUGCCGUGCUGCAGAAGAUGAACCUCCUGCGGCAGCAGAACCUCUUCUGCGACGUGUCCAUCUACAUCAACGACACGGAGUUCCAGGGGCACAAGGUGAUCUUCGCCGCCUGCUCCACCUUCAUGCGGGACCAGUUCCUGCUCAACCAGUCCCGGCAGGUGCGGAUCACCAUCCUGCAGAGCGCAGAGGUGGGCAGGAAGCUGCUGCUGUCCUGCUACACGGGCGCGCUGGAAGUCAAGAGGAAGGAGCUGCUGAAGUACCUGACGGCCGCGAGUUACCUGCAGAUGGUUCACAUCGUGGAGAAGUGCACCGAGGCUUUGUCCAAGUACUUGGAGAUCGAUGCCUCCAUGGAGAGCUGUGCCCAGGCUGCAGAGGGGUGCCACUCCUCAGAUGCUGAACUGAGGAACGGGGAUGAGGCUUUAGAUAAAGACUGUGAAAUAAUUGAGAUCUCUGAAGACAGCCCAGAGAAUGAAGAGUACCCGGUGAAGCAGGAGGAGGGGGAUGGCCCACGGUCCGCGGCUCAGAGCUUGGUGUCGGAAAGGAAGGACACAAAAUCCCCAGAAAUAUCAACGGUGGAAAUCGGGUAUAAGGAUGAUGAAAUCUGUAUCUUCAGAAUGGAUUCCAUGAGUGUACCAAAUGUAGAAAAUGAUCAUUUUCCUCAGCCUUGCACUUCCUCUAAAACGAAUUUGUAUUUCCCAGAAACCCAGCACUCUUUGAUAAACUCUACAGUUGAAAGCAGAAAUACAGAAAUGUCAGGAAAUCACUUUCAGGCUUUUGUCAGUGACAACCCAGAAGGAACUUCCAGUGGGGUGAACGGGUUCCAGAGCCUGGAGGAUUCUGGCAGCUCAUGGAGGCACCAGUGUCCCAAGUGUCCGAGGGGGUUCCUGCACCUGGAGAACUAUCUCAGACAUCUCAAAAUGCACAAACUCUUCCUGUGUUUGCAGUGCGGCAAAACAUUCACCCAGAAAAAGAAUCUCAACAGACACAUCCGGGGGCACAUGGGGAUCCGGCCCUUCCAGUGCAUGGUGUGCCUCAAGACUUUCACUGCCAAGAGCACACUCCAGGACCACCUCAACAUCCACAGCGGGGACAGGCCCUACAAGUGCCACUGCUGCGACAUGGACUUCAAGCACAAGUCUGCUCUCAAAAAGCAUUUGACUUCUGUUCACGGGAGGAGCAGCGGCGAAAAAACAAACCUGAACGCUAUUACAAAGGUUAAAAUAGACUAUGAUUGACAGCUGUGUGGCUGUGGAGUCAGGCUCCACAGAAAGCUCCUGGCUAGUGAAAUUCUAGGUGCAAUUCCAGCUCCAGACCCCCACGCAACAGAGAGAAGCGCAAACAGGUGACUGGUGAUCCAAGACAGGCCUUGGAGCAGCAAACUUGGCUGUUCACUUAAGGUUGCUGUUACUGUCAGUGAAAAAACAAAAAGGUGUUUCCUAAUUGAAAGUAAACUGCAAAUGAUGGGAAAUUAUUUCAUGCUUCUCUCCUAUUAUUCUGAGCAUGUUCUGAUCCCCCCCAGUGAUGGUUUACAUUCCUGGUUUCAAGGGCAGGCACCUCUGACUUUCAGACUAUUACUGAUACUGCAAUAAGCUGAAGCCCGAGCCAUGGUGUUGGUGACAAGAGCUGAGAGGGAAGGGGGUGUUUGUGUUUAUUCAGCCCCAUCCAGUUCAUGGGUCAUUUAUGGUGAAAUCAUCUCCUUCCUUGCCCAACCUUGGCUAGAUCUUUCAACAGAAGGAAGGUGUAUUUUCAUACCCAAAUCUGUGAUGUUUAAGAAAGGGCACAGAACAAAAACUUCCUUACAAGGAAGCUUUCAAAUCGCCUCUUGCAAAUAGAGAAUUGGUAAAAGAGAAGUAAACAAACAGUUCACUUGUAACUGGAUAGUCCCACGAGAAGGACUUGCUUUUAGUUUAAGUUCUGAAUUUUUAUAAACUUCCUUCUAAUAGUGGUUUCUUUCUGUCGUGCCAGUGUUUUGCAGCUGUAUUUGAGUAAUUUCAAUUAAGUUCAGUCCUGUUUAUUGAGUUGUAACGUUUGCCCUCAUUUUUUACAGAUGUUAGAUACAUACACUCAUGUGAAACUCAGCUGUGUGCUGUUGGGUAACCACGGUUUUAACAUUAAUUUUGAAAAUUAGCAACGGCUUGGACAUAGGGGUCUCGUACUCUGAUCUGUGACUCGGUAACACAGUAAGGAUGUGUUUGCAUAGGUGUGUUUGUGCUUUGUCAAAGCUCAUUUUGGUUUCAUUAUGAUCAUCGAGAGCCCUGCGAUGCAGAGUCUGUAUCCUGAGCGUGUCUUUGACUGGUACAUGUUUCUUCCACUUAAUGUGAUAUGAAUAAAGAGUUAAUUCAGUUGUUAA